AUGAAACAGAUAGGGGGUUGGCUCACUGCUGCAGCUGCUGUAGAGACGCAGCGUCCGCGGUUACUCCAUUGGCAGAAAUUGCUGCAGGGCUACUCGGAGGCAGCUGUAGCAAGAGCAACAACCGCAGCAGCAACAGCAACAGCACCGCAUGAAGCUGCAGGCACUCCAACAGUAGCAGCAGCGGCAGCAGCCUACACAGUGCUUCCUUCAUACCUGGCUGAAGAGAGUGUUGAUACUCCUCCUUGCCUCCCUAAGACUGAAACGGCUGUCGCUGCUGCAAGCUUCGUGCCUGCAGCUGCAGCAGCAGCAGCAAGUGUGGUGCCAAAUGGCGGGAGGCCUUCCCGUUUGGGAACACUUGUCGUUGCAAGAGACCGGCUCUGCUCCAGCAGCGGCAAGCGCUACCGUCUGUCUCUGAGGCAGACAGCAGCGGCACAGAAGCAGCUCAGCGUGCCGGGAGGCGGUGGCUGCAGCGAUGUUUCGCAGCAUCUAGUCCUGAUGCGGGUACUGUUGCUGUUGCUAAUGUCGGUGCUCUCGUUGCUGCUGGCGCUGCCGGCGCUGCCCGCGCCGUCCUGCUGCUGCUCCGAACGCCUCCUCGAGGGCCAAGCCGCCGAAAUGGGCUUCAAGCUUUGCCUGCAGAGCGCAAAGAAGGAGCCCGUGGGAUCUGUCCGCCUCCUGGAACGAGCAGGAGCAGCAGCCGCAACACAGGCCAGUGGUGAGGCUUCCGAGUGGCGCACGAUCUACAUAAGUAAAAAUGAAAACAG